AUGCCGACAAAGAAGGCACUAUUCCGUCGAACUAUUACAACGGACUCCGUCUGUAUCAGAUGUCACGGCCAUGAUGAAGAUUCAUUGCAUGCUAUGUGGUCCUGCCCAGAACUUGAUAUGGUGUGGUUGGGCUUGGAGUUUUGGAAUUUCAGGUGUGAUGUUCAGUUCAUGACCUUCAAGGAGCUGCUGUCGUGGUUAAUUGUAAACAAUCAUCAAACAGAGGUCUUCGAUGUAACGGCUUGGACAAUCUGGAACCAGCGGAAUCGGGUUCGUCUCAACCAACCGGCGGACUCACUUCACCAAAUCCCUCAGAUAUCAAAGUCUUGGCUAGCUGAAUAUCAUGCUUGGCAACUUCCUGUGACUACUCCAGUGCAGCAGAACCGCAAUACCAUAACUCUUUGGAGGCCACCACCAUCGGAGCUUUUCAAAAUAAAUUUCGAUGGCGCCGUCUUCAAACGUGAAAAGAAGUCUGGCAUUGGAGUCGUUAUAAGAGAUCACCAGGGCUCUAUUAUUGCCUCAUGCUCAAAACCGGUCCACCAGGAGCUAGGCAGUGAGGAUGUUGAGGCAACGGCUGCGGCAUGGGCUCUGUUUUUUGCUUUGGACGUGGGGGUGAAAAGGGUAGUACUUGAGGGUGACUCUUUGUCUGUUAUCAAAGGGUUAAUGGGGGGAGGAAGGAUGCUAACACCAAUGGGAUUGCUCAUUGAGGAGGCCAAAUAUUUAUCUAUACAUUUUGAAGAAUUACAUUACUCUCAUGUUAAGAGGGAUUGUAAUGGUUUAGCUCAUAAUCUGGCUAGACAUGCCGCUGGCAUUCCGGAUUUGUUAGUUUGGAUGGAGGAUAUUCCUUCACGUUUUCAUGAUGUACUUCAAGCCGAUUUAGUAGGCUUAUCUGAAUAA